CACCGUACAUUCAAUAUGGAAACAUCAAAAUUUCUUACGUAUAAAAGUACUUCUCAUCGCAUUUCUCAGAGCAAUCACCAUAAUGUAUUAGUAUUAGAAAAAGAUUUCGAAUGGGCAGUGAAAUUAAAUCGAUAUAGUCUAGUGAUAAUUGGACUUUGGCCUAAGUCCGAACAAACAACAUGGGAAAAACAUAACUUGCAGCUCACUUUACCAGUCAUCACUUGCGUCCUAAGAUUCGCAAUCUUCUGGUGGAAGAGAAAACCAGUCACAGCAAUAAUAAAUCUGAUCGCUUACGAUUGGUUAAAGGUGAAAACACAACAGGAAAAAACAACGAUGAUCGCAAGAGCGCAAAUUCCGCGCAUUAUUAUAACAUUUGCGUACAGCUUAAUGGGAGUGGGUUGGUUUGUUAUAGUUGUUUUACCCAUAUUUGGCCACUCGGUGAGAUACCUGUCUAAUAUCACUGAUCUGGGGAGACCAUUACCACUACAGACAUAUUAUAUCUACGACACAACUAAAAGUCCACAAUAUGAACUAACAUUCACUAUUCAAAGUUUUACCUUAUUCCUCAAUACUAUGUGUUAUACAGGCGUUGACAAUUUUCUUAGUCUCUCGGUAUUUCAUGUCUGUGGCCAAUUGGAUAUUCUAAGAAAUCGCCUCAUGUAUAUACAUAAUGUUACAAAUUACAACAACGUUUUAAAAAAUUGUGUGAAAGAACAUAUCCGGCUACUUAGAGCUAUUCAUCAUAUUCAAGAUAUAUUCAACAUAAUAUUGAUGGUUUUAUUUCUAUAUUUCGGUAUUCUUUUCGCUUUCUAUGGUUUUUGGAUAAUAAAUAUGCUCGAAAAUAAACAGCAUUUUACGAUCUUUCACAUAAUAUAUAUUGUAAGCAUCUUCACCAAUACGUUCGGUCACAUGUGCAUUUAUUGUGCUGUUGGCGAAGUGUUAACAACUCAGGUAAAUUUGAAAGUGUUCAGCCACUGUAUUUUUUAUGCAUAA